GUUCAACCUGGUGCGUAAAAGGAUGACAAAAGCAAAACAGAGGCAGAUUCACUUAGAGAUCUUUUGAGAGAUUGUUUUUAAGGUAACUGACCGAAACAUUUUUUUUCGACAAAAUGAGGAUUACAAGUGGUUGCCAACUCGAAAGUGGUGCGAAGUCGCCUCCACAUUGAGGGGAUCCAAGUGCACUUUGCAGGGGCGUGUUGUUAAUUGAAAUCGAUCACGCGGUUUUCAUCCUCCUCUUCGCCGUCCUUCGCACACCUUCAUCAUGACUUCACUAUCUGGGUCCAAGGAGAGAUCAGUGGCCGGCCGGGGCAGAAAGUAUACGAUACCCGACACUUCCCCCACCAAAUCAGCCUCCUUUUUCCCGGACACGUGGUACCGAAAGGCUUACGAGGAAACCAGCCGAUCCAGCUCUCGUCCCGCACCCGAAGGCGCCGGCUCCAUGCCCAGCUCAACGGGCACCCCUUCUCCAGGCUCGGGGAUCUCCUCACCAGGCUCCCUCUCUGGAUCGCCUGGGACAAUCUCCCCGGGGAUAUGCACCGGAUCUCCAGGUUCUCUUGGCGGAUCUCCGGGUUUUGGGACGGGCUCCCCGGCCUCGGGCAGUGGAAGUUCUCCUGGAAGUGAAAGAGGGAUUUGGUGUGAGAACUGCAACACAAGGCUGACGGAGCUGAAAAGACAAGCAUUAAAACUUCUCAUCCCGGGACCUUAUUCAAGCAAGGACCCGUCCUUCCCCCUCCUCCUCCAUGAUAAGCUGCAAUUCCCCAACAGUUCCCGGCGGGCAUGGAACGAGCAUGACAGUCGCUGUGACGUGUGCGCCACUCACCUCACGCAGCUCAAACAGGAAGCAGUGCGCUUGGUGCUCACACUGGACCAGUGGGAUUUGUCUCCCUCUUCGUCGCCUCCUCCCUUCUUUGGGCGCUACGCAUCCCAGGGAGCUUCCGGAUCCAGAGAAUGGCCCUCCUCUUUGCUCCCUUCCUCUUCCUCGUCGUCCGCCGCUGCCAUUUCACACCUCACACGUCCUUCAUCGCCGUCACCUUCCCCGAGUCUCAGCCAGACCCCGACACCAAGCCCCAGCCACGCACUGUCCGCCCCUGGUCACGGGAGUCCUUCUGCUGGACAGACGGCAUCCUGUACACCCUUGAACCAACAAGUGCACAGACUGGGCUCCAAACCCAGCUCACUGGGGCUCGGAGGUGGGAUGGAAAGACGGAACGGGUCGCCUGGUUCUGCAAAAACGGCCUUGGCCCAACAGCAAACUGUGAGUGCAGUAAACAGUCCAGGGAAUAGCAGUACGAACAGCAGUAACAACACAGCAGGUCAGCAGCAUUUGAACAGAACUAAUGGAGGAGUUACGCUCUAUCCGUACCAGAUCUCCCAGAUGGUGUCUGAGGCGUCCAGGGAAGGCUUGACCGAGGCUGCCCUGAACCGCUACAACACACACUCCCCUUCACACACCAACUCAACACCACACACAAACUCACCCUCACAUACUGCGGCGACCACCACCACGUCACACAGCACCGGUUUGUCUGCGGCCUCCUUUUUUGCCAGAGCUGCACAAAAACUGAAUCUGACAUCCAAGAAGCGGAAGUUGAAGGCUGCCGCGACAGUGCCGCUGCCCGUGACUACAUCGGCGCCGACAUGCGACAGUCAAUUGUUCCCCACCAAUUUCAGCUCCGCCCUUCUGUCAGCCCCACCCCCGGCUCCGCCCUGCCUUCUCCGUGCAGCCAAUAAGAUCAAAGACACACCUGGUCUAGGAAAGGUGAAAGUGAUGGUGCGUGUGUGUCCGGCGUCUCAGUCCAACCUGGCGGAGUCCAGUUCCUUCCUCAAAGUCGACCCGAGAAAGAAACAGAUCACCAUCAUGGACCCUUCAACCAAUCAGACACCAAGCAUCGCCUCUCAAAAGAGAGUGGGGUCCAGCCAGGUCCCUCCCAAGAUGUUUACCUUUGACGCCGCCUUCCCUCCUGAUGCGUCGCAGGCGGAAGUGUGCGCAGGAACGGUUGCCGAGGUGAUUCAGUCGGUCGUGAAUGGAGCAGACGGAUGUGUCUUCUGUUUUGGGCACUCCAAGUUGGGCAAAUCUUACACCAUGAUUGGCCGCCACGACUCCCUGCAGACGUUAGGUAUCAUCCCCUGUGCCAUCUCCUGGCUCUUUAAGCUCAUCAAUGAGAGGAGGGAGAAAACAGGGGCGCGCUUCUCUGUCCGUGUGUCCGCAGUUGAGGUUUGGGGCAAAGACGAGAACCUGAAGGAUUUACUCUCAGAGGUGGCCACUGGCAGCUUGCAGGAUGGACAGUCACCUGGCGUCUACCUGUGCGAGGACCCCAUCUGUGGCAUGCAGCUCCAGAACCAGUCCGAACUGCGUGCUCCGACGCCAGAGAAGGCAGCCUGGUUCCUGGACGCGGCCAUCGCGGCCCGCCACAGCAGUCAACAUCACGACACCACCGAAGAAGACCACAGGAAUUCGCACAUGCUGUUUACAUUGCAUAUUUACCAGUACCGCAUGGAGAAGACAGGCAAGGGAGGAAUGUCGGGAGGUCGCAGUCGCCUCCAUCUGUUGGACCUGGGCAGCUGCGAUGUCGGUGUCCUCGAGGGCGGGGCGGUGGGGAAAGGCAGGGAAAAUUCUUCGCCCAGCUCGGCACCUCUUUGCCUUUCCCUGUCAGCUCUCGGCAACGUGAUCCUGGCCCUGGUCAACGGGAGCAAGCACAUCCCAUACAAGGACAGCAAGCUGACCAUGUUGCUGAGGGAGUCGCUAGGCAACAUGAACUGCCGCACCACCAUGAUCGCUCACAUCUCGGCCUCGCCGGCGGAUUUUUCGGAAAGCCUCUCCACCAUCCAGAUCGCAUCCCGCGUCCUACGCAUGAAGAAGAAAAAAACUAAGGUCACCGUGCAGUACACCUCCAGCUCCUCUGGAGGAGAGAGCUCCUGCGAAGAAGGCCGCAUGCGUCGGCCAACCCAUUUGCGGCCUUUCCAUCACCGCGGCGACCCCAACUCAGACCUCCCUUUGCUGCGCCUGUCCAGCGACCAGGACGAACAAUACUCAAGUAGCGAGCAGUCAUGCGACACCGUCAUCUACGUGGGUCCCAACGGGGCCGCUGUGUCAGAUCGAGAGUUGACAGACAACGAGGGUCCGCCGGAGUUUGUGCCGAUAAUUCCCGCCCUGCUGCGAGCAAAAUCAGAGACGCUACAAAGUCAGGCGGUCCAGAAGCAGGUGCAGCCCGAGCCUGAGAGCCAAGACCAGCACGGUGGACCAUCUCAGGCUCAGUCGAUACUAGGACAACCUUUGGCUCCUGUGCCUGAGGAGGGGGCCGAGUGCCUAAAAUGCAACACCUUUGCUGAGCUGCAGGAGAGACUGGACUGCAUUGAUGGCAGCGAGGAGGUGGCAAAGUUUCCCUUUGAGGAGGUUCUGGUCUGUAAACAAGGAUCCAAAGAUCCACGUUUCCCUUCUGAGGAUUCAGUCACUCCCGCUGAGAAUUCCUCUGUUGCUACAUUGGACAUAGAGGCCAAAACAGGAGGUCCAGUCCAGCUCACUUCAUCCUCGACAGAACAUUCUAGAAGGAAGACCAAUGAAGAGCAGCUGCAAGAUAUCAAGGAGGUGGUGGAGGAGGCGGAGCUGGCUCAGACCAUUAUCCACAGUCUGGCUCAGAGUUCCGGGUCCAGCUUCGUGUCUGGCAGUAGGAAUGUGGCAGGAAGCAAUGCAUCAAACCCCCUUCACAGGUCCAAGGCCUCACUCCAGCAUGACAACCGUGAAAAUCUGACCAUGGGAGUUAACACUGAGGGGAAGACACGACCACUGGGAUCCCCACGCCUUGGAAUCGCCAGCCUGACGAAAACCUCAGAAUACAGGCCUCCAUCCUCGCCGUCUCAGCGGUGUAAAGUGUACACUCAGAAGGGAGUGAUACCAGCAACAUCCCCACUGGCUUCACACACUUUGGCUCAGGAGGGACAAGCAACAGAAGCCUUGACCUCUGACAACAGCUUGGCUGCAGACAGCGGUCGUUCCUCCACAGAGUGUCCACUCUCCAGAACAUCUCCUGUUGGUAUGAGUCCACAAGUCAAAGAUCCAACUCCAUCCCUGUCUACCAGCUUGGGCUCCGCAGAAACACUCUGUGAUGAUGACGUCCCUCCGAUACCCUUGGAUACACAUCGGGAUGGACUAGCUGGACAUCACUUGCUGUGUGACGAGCUAUCAGUAUACACAGGGGCUGCAGGAGAAGAGGAGGCACUCGAUGACACAGCUCUCAUGAUGACACAGCGUCUGACCUGUCGCCCACCGAGCAUUAUCAGCUUCAAUAGUGACUGCUACUCUGUGGACGCCCAGCCCUGUGGAGUUCUCACGAGUCCCGUUGAGGAUGGAGCUGCAGAGAGCUUUCAUGCGAUUGCAACAAGCUCUGCGGUUACAGAGGUUGUCGCCAUGGCAGAGGUGACAAUGGCCAAGCUGCACAUGGAGGGGGAUACGAUAGCCUCGGUGAUGACCCCUAUCGCCUCCUGGAUGAGUGAUCUGAGUGGGUGCAGUGAGGGUGAUCACUCACUUCACAGUUUCAGCCAGUCCCAAAGUCAUCAAGGGGAAGCCUUGGCUGAACACAACCUAAUUUCCUUGGGACUAGAUGGGUCAGGAGAUAAUGGAAGCAGUGGAUGUUUUAGAAGAGGGAGUUUAGAUGGAGUAAUGUCAGAGAACAGAGGGGCGAAGGGAACGCAAACCAAGGACAGUUUGAGAAAAAUGCCUCCAUCUAUGGCUAAAUCGACCAUCCAGUCUUUGACAGCACUUGGGAACCACUCUACCUUCAAGACCCCCAUCAGUACUCACUCCUGUGUAGCUAUCAAACAGAUGGCCAUGCAGGAACCUACUCUCUGCUCCUCACCAACAAAAUUCAACACACAGCAGUUGGCUUCCAUUUCCAGUGAGAUGAACUUUGAGGACCCUUGGCUGGUGCGUGUACUGGAGGAUGCGAGGCCCAAUGAGGAAGUCAGGCCAGUGAAGAAGACUGAUGCGGAGCAUUCAAAGAGCCAAUCAGGGCAGAGGACUGAAACUGCUGGAAUUGGGAACCUUGAGAAUUUGUGCAGGGAUGUUGAAGAACAUGGUGGGUCGAGUUCAAGCGGAGAGGUGGUAUCAUCUCCAGACUCCUUCAAGAGAGUGGUGGAUGGUUGUGAGAUGGUCACUGGUGUUGCUCAAAGAGAAUGUCUGGCUGAUACCUACAACCCAGAAAUCCACCGAACCGCCAGUCUCCCUCGUGCCUGGCAUCGUCUGAACCGCCAUGACGGCUUAGAUAACACAACUGAGUACAAGAAUUUUGGUACCACCUCUUCAACACCCUGCAGUCCGCGUGCCACACUUGACCGCCGGGGAUCAACUGGAAAACUAGGCUUUUUCUCCCACAAGAAGAGUGGGAUCCCGCCUUUGCCACCUGUACGCAAAUCCAGCCUUGACCUACGUAACAGGGCAGCCAGUCCACUACACCAGCCCAUCCAUGAGGUCUCAAUGCCGGGCAGCUCUACAGAUGAACCAUGUGCCAUGAGACAACAUGUCUCCAGUAUAGACAGUGGUAGACUCUUUAGCGCUAAGCUGGAGCAACUUGCAAGCAGAACUAACUCUCUUGGCCGAGCCCACAGUGGAUCGCACCACUAUGACUGCUUCUCCCUGGAAAGGGCUGAAAGCCUCCGAGGGGGAGGAUCGAAGGGAGAUGGCUCCAUACCCCGUACCGGUCGCAGUCUCACUCGUGCCGGAAACGGCUUUGGAGGUAGUUCUGGUCCGAGCAGUGCCCCGCAGUCGCCUGCCAAAUCAAGCGGUCAGUCAAAGAUCUCAGCUGUCAGUAAGCUGCUGAUGAGCAGUAGUCCCAAAUCCAGGAGUCUGUCUGCCUCCAGCACCAAGACUCUCAGCUUUUCUACGAAGUCUCUGAGCCAAGCCUCCAGUAGAAGCUCAAGCCUUCCCCCAAAUGGAAAACCACAAAGCACCAUUCAGGGCCCUGUGCAGCAGCAGGGACCCUCUCCUGCAUCCUGGUCUACGCAGUCUCUGAGCCGCAGUCGAGGGGGAAGUUUGGCUGCCAAGCUGCCCCUGCGGGCUGUUAAUGGCCGUAUCUCAGAGCUUCUCCAAGGAAGUGGAGGUUCACGUUCCAGGAAUCAUGCCCAUGCAGGGGGUGCAGAUUCAGCAGAGGAGAAAGUAGUUGGAGGGACAAGUGGAGGGGCACUGGUAGCAGGAGGUGUUCCUGGAGGAGGGCCAGGGGAGGAAAGGACAUCAGCGGUCCAAAGCCUUCCCUCUCCCUACAGCAAGAUCACUGCUCCACGAAAACCGCAUCGCUGCAGCAGUGGCCAUGCCAGCGACAACAGCAGUGUCCUGAGUGGUGAACUGCCUCCGGCCAUGGGUAAGACGGCCUUGUUCUACCACAGCGGAGGCAGCAGCGGCUACGAGAGCAUGCUAAGAGACAGCAGCGAGAACACAGGAAGUACUUCCUCGGCUCAAGACUCGCUCAGUGAGCACAGCUCGGCCACCACCUCCUCCAGACGCAGCUCCAAGAGCAACAAGAAGAGCAGGAGCAACACUGGACAUUUAGGAGGUCUCCAGCGUCGUCGGCUGAUUCCGGCACUGACCUUGGACUCCUCCACAUCUCCUCACCGCACCGUCAAACAGGCAGCCACGUCCUCUUCUUCCUCCUCCUCCAGCCCAGGUGCAUACUGGGUGGAUGGUCCGCUGGGGCCGCACGCCUCUGCAAACCCACGAGGUCCGGGAGCCGUGGCGGAGGCCUUUGAGAUCAAGGUGUACGAGAUUGAUGAUGUUGAGCGCCUGCAGAAGAGGAGGGACAAGGGGGCGGUGUACGUCAAUGGCAAGCUUCGCCUGCUGGAGCACCGUCAGCAGCGCAUCAGCGAGGUGCGAGCCAAAUACCAGUGCUUGAAGAAAGAGCUGGAACAGACCAAACAGCACCUGAUGCUGGAGCCUCACACAUGGACCGCCGAGUUCGAGCUCCAGCAGGUGUACGAGGUGGACUCACUGGAGUAUUUGGAAGCUCUGGAGACGGUGACGGACAAACUGGAGAAUAGAGUGAACUUCUGCAAAGCUCACCUGAUGAUGAUCACUUGCUUCGACGUGUCAUCCAGACAUCGGUAGCUGCGCAGCGGGAUGGUGCAACACUUUUUCUGUCAAUAUAAAAACUGCUCCCAAAUAAAUGCUUCUUGGCUGGAAUAUAAAAAAAAUAAAUAAAAGGGGGUCGGGGGGUUCUUGUGAUGAACUGAUCCAAUAACCCCCACUCCGUCUCCACUUGAAGGUAAGCAGGACUGGUGAUGGAUGAAUCAAUUCGAGAUGUACUGAGAUAGCUAAACGGCCAUUGGAGUGAGCCUGUCUGUUCAUCUGGAAGGACAGAAGAGCUGAACAAGCAGUUUACGAGGAAGCUUUCAAACAACCAACUGGUGGCAAAGGACCCAUACUGCCAUUGCUCUUUUUUUGUUGAUUUUAUAGCAUCUUAUAUACGGAGCUGAAACAAGUAGGAAACAGGAAUCCGGGGCUCACGGCAUGCCCCGUUGUGCAGUCAUUAAAAAAGACCAAGAGCAGGUCAGAGUAAAAAGGACAAAUCAACUGGAUGAGAAAAAGUGCCUUGAUAACAUUUCAAUAAUAACAACAGUACAUACAGUUCGGUGCUAACAUAGUAAAACAUACAAAAAGAUGAGUAUCUUUGAUGGAUUCAUUGCAGUCUGGAAAUAUGACACAACUGUGGGUCACUAUUUCCAUAUACGGUCAAAAUCCUAAUGGGCAGGGUUCAAGUUAUGCGGGAGCCGAGGCCCAGAAAGUAAAUUCAUCCAUCUGUGGGGGUCUAUUACGAUCUAUCCAUCUAUUUUCUAUGGCACUCGUCUUCAUUAUGGUCACGGGUGAGCUGGAGCCUAACCCAGCUGACUGCAAACUCCAAAGGUAGAAUAGUGUUGCCUUGAGAGAUGAAUUGACUUCAUACAUGAGCAUGUUUGCCACUCAAAACACUGCUAUCUCAAAUUAUCUUUCCUUAUUGUCGUGAAUAGAAAUGCCAUGAAAAAAACGUUUCUGAAUGAAGAAAAUAUCAUGCCUUUACUUUGUGAAAACAUAUAAUUAAACCAGAAAUGGCAUGUGAAGAAUUACGAUGAAUUCAUUGCGGAUCCUUCUGGUGUGUGCGACAAAGAGUUUCACUCAGCUGCUGUAAGUGACUCACUUAUCUGCAGUGAAAAUAAUCAUUUUUAGCAGAGAUUAAAGAAUAUAUGCCUGCGGGUAUUACUAUCUGUCCACAUGUGUUGCUGUACCAUUUGUGUUCAAAUAGCCAUUCUUUAAAGCGUUAUAAUAAUUAUGACAUUGCCCUUUAUGUGUUAGCAUUAAGCUAGUGGACUUAGAGGUAAAGUCAUGUGGUGGUUUAUGAUUAGUUUGACAGUAAACUCAUCGGGAGUUCAUUAAACGGCGUGAAAGCUCUUUUUCUGAGGAUUUAUUCACUUUGCCAGGCUAUUGCAUGUUGUGAACUGAGCCACUCCCACUAUACAGUACUCACAUCUCAAAAGUUUUUGAUAGCAAGUUAAUGCAAAAAAAAAAAAAAAAAACAUCCAAACACCAAUUUGUAUCUCGAAAAAUUCGGAAGUCGGUUAACCCCGAUCCGAAGGCAACACUGUACUAUGUAUAUUAAAAACUGGGCUCUACAAACCUAACAGAGUGAUGUUGUUUGUUGUGUGCCACCCUGUCAAGCUAACGCUUAACUCGAACCCUGCUUCUACAGGACGUUUACAUUGGCCAAGAGACCUCAAUUAAAUAACCUAAAUAAAAGGAAACAAAUUAAACGGAAUCAGGUUAUUUAUACUAUAAAUACAUUUAAAAGGGACCAAAUAUGUGAUGGAACUUAAGUCAGCACACAAUGUUAAAAAAAAAUAAUAAUAAUCUUGUUUAUUUUGGUGUUGUUUUAUGCUUGACUUUUUACUCUCAAACGUUCCUACGCUGCUAACUGAUGUAAGGAUGUGAAGGCUUUUCCGUGUCCGCAAAGCAGCGCAGGAAUGUUUCUUUCCCCUCGGCGCAUCCAUCGAUCGACGCGUGUCUGUUAUUUGUAUCCGUGUUGGUUCUGCUCUAUUUGUAAAGACACUCAGUGACUUGUCAAUGUAUGUGUAUGUGUGUUUUAUAAUAACCAAAGGCAAUGGGACCAUGUAGAGAUUCUAGCCGCAUUCAGUAUGACUUUGGGGGGAUAUGAUGCGUCUUCGCGGGUACCGCUCACGUCGGCGAAGUUUUCCCGACAUUAUGUCAUGGAUCUGCAACACUUCCGCUCAUGAAGCGUUCGCACAGACGUCAUGUUCGCAAUUAGUGAAAGCCUCGGAGGCAGUAAAUUGGGGUAAGCCAUGAAAGAGCUAUUAGCCAUGGAAAAUAGAGCUUACGUUUAAUUGAAUAACGCCGUUAGAUAAGUACUACAUUCCUACAGUGCCAUUAUCGAUGGGAGAAAGUGGCAUGGUUUUGUCUAGGAAGGAAUUAUGGCCAAAAAGGUGAUAGGUUGCGGCAGUGUAGUUCUGCCUGUCACCGCAAACAGAAAUACUGACACGUAUUAAUAUAUAAUGAAAUGAAUGCGAUCUAAAGGGAGGUGGAAAAAGAUGAAAUUCAGAGGCAGUGAUCUCUGCUGGUUUCUGUGUCUUCUACAUGAUUUGAUAUCCUUCUCGAUGGUGCUUGAGAUGUUUAUGCUCUAAAUGUUUGUACAAAUAUAAAUCUAUGGAAGAGUGAUUUGUGUCAAAAAUAACCUUUAAAAAAAAUCUUUUACGUCACUAUAGCAGCUUCGAUACUUUACUACCCUCGUCCUUCUCCUGAGCGAUUUAUUUCUCAGUGUUCAAUGGAUGCCAAAUGAGAGGAGAGAAGGUAACAUCGGGUAGCAGGAAAUAAACUGUGUGAGGUUUUGGACCUUUCCGUGGCUGGCUGACUAAGUGAAAGUCAUUUAUCUACACAUGCGGAGGCAGACAGGAGGUAAUCUCCUGGGAACGGCCGAAACGCUGAAGCAUGUUUGAUAAACUGGCCUUGUGAUGUGUUUAUACACAAGAGUGCGCAACAUCGGAAUGUUUCCUAUUUUCUUUCUCAUAGUGGAUCAAAGUCUAUUUAUUUCAGCUAUUGUGUAUUUAUUUAAGCCUUACCACGUUUAAAGGUUACUAUGCAUUUAAGAUAAAAAAAAAGAUAACUGUAUAUACUUUGCCAAACACAUACUACAUACUAAAUAUGCUUUUCAGCCCCAAAAUGAUUCCUACAUUGGUCAUACUUACUGUUAGGAUGAAUCUUUUUAGCUGAAAAUUAUACAAUAAAGACAACCAACUGUAAAAGGUAAUUAAAAAAAUGCUAUUCUCUCUCACUUUUAAUACAUUUCGGCAAAUAAAUAAAUAAAUAGAAAUGAGUCCAAAUUGGCUAGAAGUCAAAAUACUUCAUAUGGUGCACUAAGGUAAAACAAACUGUUGGGGGGGAACCAAAAAACGAUGGAAACAUGGACUAUCACAUUCUGGUUUCAUUUUCAGUUCAAAUGUGUCCAAGGUAUGAAUAAUUGGAGGAUCAACUGUAUAUACUAUGCACAUAUCAAUUAUAUGCCCACCUUAUAUUUCUUUUGGCCAUAUUGAGAGUUGAAAACAAAACAAAAAAAAAAAAAAAAGAGGAAAAUGCUUUGAAGAAUUUGAGUAUAUGAAACAGUAUUUACUCCAGUUAAGGAAACCCCAUCCUCAAAGUCGGUUCAUGGCCAAAUAUCUUUUUGAUGUUUGUGGAUGUCGGAAUUGACAACUAGAAGUGAUCAUUUUGUUGAAAAAUCAAGUUAACUCAAAUCUCUGGUUACAUUGUUCAAUAGCUGUGUGCUAAAUAUUUUAACCAGAGAUGCAAGCAAACGUUUUUAGAUAUGAUAUUUUGUUCGUUGCGCUGAUUCUGAAUCUGCCCUUGUUUUUUUUUUUCCUCGAGCACAUCAGGUUUGCAUUACAAUAGUUAUAAAUUAAGAGUUAGGUUCAGCAAGUUUUUUGUUGUUUUUUUUUCUGAAAGGUCAUUGCUAUAAAUUAAAUGCAUAGAUCAAAUUUGAAAAUAUCUCAAAAACCUCAUGUGCAAGGAAAAAAAAAAAGCACAUUUUUGAAAUCUGCGUCAAAAAUACAAUCCGGGACAAAUAAAGCCAUCUCUGGUUAAAAUAUGUUUUUUGUCAGUCAUAAGUGCCAAUCUAUAGAAGGGACGAUUCAACAAUGUCAUAACGAGUGGAGGUCAGUGUGAAAAAUUCUGAAGCACGCAUGUGAUAUUCUCUGUGCAUGAUUGGAGUCUUUUUGACACAGCGUGUCGGUGGACAAACAAGAUGGCCGAAUGUAAAUAAAGGAAUGUAUUCAACCAA